CAGGACAUGGAGGUACCAAAUACAUAUGAAUGUCUUAAGCACUCAAGUAAACACACUUGAUUGUACUUCUUUAACUAUAACAUAUAAUAGGAGAGAGAAGUCAAGUUUACAUCACUGGUUGAUCUGUAGGCAUCUCGACUUAUUGUAACUUUUCAGACAUUAACGCAGUUUCAGUUCGGCGUACUAUAUUUUUUUUUCUUUUGACAAGCCAUAUUCAAAAUUAUCACCAUGCCGUUUGGAGAAGGAAACUUCCAGUUUGCAAUUGUUGGUAUUGGAUGUAGGAUGCCUGGAGGAGUAACAUCUCCCAAUGAAUUCUGGGAGGUUCUUCGAAACGGCAAAGACUGCAUUAUCGAGGUUCCAGACGACCGAUGGUCACUUGAAAAAUUCCAUGAUGAAGAUCAGACUAAACCGGGCAAGAUAGUGUCAAGAAAAUGUGGUUUUAUUGAUGGCAUCGACAAGUUCGAUAACACAUUUUUCAAAACGUCACCAAAAGAAGCCGCAUCAAUGGAUCCUCAGCAAAGAGUCUUAAUGGAGGUUACACAUGAAGCAUUUGAAGAUGCUGGCAUCAUACCAGACGAGAUGAAAGAGUCGUGUGGUGUAUACGUUGGAAUAGGAUUGAUGGAUUACGGAGUUCAGAUCCUUGACUGCCAUGGUUCCACCGUCAAUGCUUAUACUCUAACCGGCGCAGCACAUAGUGUAGCAGCAAAUAGAAUAUCAUAUGCGUUUAACUUGAAGGGUCCUAGCUAUGCGGUAGAUACAGCCUGUGCAUCGUCUAUGACAGCACUGCAUCUUGCUUGCAAUUCUCUUCUAAGUAAUGAAUGUGAAGUAGCGGUUGUAGCAGGAGCAAACGCUCUGAUAAUUCCAGACACUACAGCGGGUUUCAGUGCACUUGGCGUCCUGUCACCAGAAGGGAAAUGCUGUCCGUUUUCCGAUUCAGCUAAAGGUUACGUCAGAAGUGAAGGAUGGGGAGCCAUGAUCAUUAAACCACUCGAGCGAGCAAUAGCUGAUAAUGAUAAUAUUUAUGCAACUGUCAUAGGGUCUACAAUUGGAGCCAACGGUCAUAGCCAAAGCUUGACUAUGCCUUCUUCGUCUGCACAACAGGAGACAAUUGAAGAUACAUACAAACGAUUUGGUGUAAACAUGGCUGACGUAGAAUACCUGGAGGCACAUGGGACCGGUACACCAGUAGGAGAUCCUAUUGAAGCUGAAGCCAUAGGUAAAGCAUUUAGUCCUCAUCGUAGCAAGGUUCUAAAGAUCGGAUCUGUUAAGAGUAACUUUGGCCAUAGCGAAUGCGCUGCAGGAGCAGUUGCAACAAUCAAGGCAGCAUUGAUGUUACAUAGGGGUUACUUGGUUCCAUCAAUCAAUUAUGAAAACCCAAAUCCCAACAUCAACCUCGAAGAAUUGAAACUGGAUGUACAAACGACUGUCGAGCCACUUCCUACUAGAAACAACACAUUGGUUGCGAUUAACAGUUUUGGGUUUGCAGGCGCAUUGGCCCACGCCAUUCUACAAAAGCCACCACGAAGAGAAUAUAAGGAUAUAGUUGACCCAGUACAUUGGUCAUUCGGUAGUAGUGCAAAAGAAGGAAGAUCAAUGAUAUUGCCUCUAUCUGCUAAGUCAUCUAGUUCAUUGAAAGACCUAGCCUUAAAAUGGAAGAGUUUUGAAUAUGAAGAGGACGCACUCAGGGUAAUAGGUUGGCAAGCUACUCACCGAAAACAUCACGAAUGUCGCCUUGCAAUCCUAACGAAUGCAGGAAUGGACGUCCGAAAUAAAUUAGAUUGUUACUUAGAGAAUGGGAGUGGUGAAGGUGUACUAACAGGCUCUGUUUACAAUCCAAAUCAUAAGGUGUGCUUCGUAUUUCCAGGACAAGGUCAACAGUGGGCACAGAUGGGAAAACAGCUAUACAAGACUGAGCCUAUUUUCAGAAAUACUAUCGAAAAGUGCGAUGAAAUCUUUAAAAACCUGAGUGGUUGGUCACUAGUGCAUGACAAAUUCCUUUUUAAUGCUCACCCAAAAGGAAAAGAAUUAACCAACAAUGACAUUAAUGACAUGGAAAUCAGCCAGCCUGCAAUUCUAUUUUUACAGAUUGGUUUGUAUGAGUUGUGGCGCCACUGGGGACUCGAACCUGAUGUUGUCGUAGGUCACAGUCUUGGAGAGGUAGCAGCAGCUUACGCAUCCGGUGGUCUUACCUUAGAAGAAUCUGUAAAAGUAAUAUAUUACAGAAGUAAGAACCAAGUUCUUCUUAAAGGUACGGGAAGUAUGGUAGCAGUGCGAUUGACUGUAGAUGCGGCUCAAAAAUUGUGUAAUAAGUAUGACAACCUAUACAUUGCUGCUGAAAAUGCUCCUGGUUCUCUAACGUUGGCAGGUUCCGAGGAAAACGUCCAGUGUAUUGUCAAUGACAAUGAUAUAAAGGCAAAGCAGCUUAGAGUUCAGUGCGCAUUCCACACUCCUCACAUGGAUCCUAUGGAAAAGCCAUUCCGUUUAUCUAUGAACGGAGCAGUAUCAACUCCAGCAGGAACCCGAUCAGUUCCAGUUUACUCAACGUUGACUGGUGGACUUUAUAAUGGUGACUUUAACACAGAUUACUGGUGGCAAAACAUCCGAAAUGGAGUGAAAUUUCAACCCGCUAUUGAAGGUAUUCUUCGUGAUAUCGAUGCUAAUGUAUUUAUUGAGUGCAGUGCAUCUUCUACUCUUAUUUCAUCAGUAAAACAGAUAGCAAAAGAUCAAGGUAAGACUGACCUCAUCACAGUAUCAUCUGGACAAAGAGAUAAAGAUGACAGGACAUCCUUCCUAUCCUCACUCGCAACUCUGUACACUAAUGGUUUGGAGAUCAACUGGAAGAAUGUAACGAAUGACGCCGCUGAUUGGGUUGAUAUUCCUAAAUAUCAAUGGCAACAUGGUUCAUUUUGGUGUGAAGGCGAUGAGAAAUAUAAAAGAAGACUUGGGUUGGAUGACCGGACCUUCAGAGGAGAGAGUGGAAGACUUACAUUUGGUUUAUUUCCAUUUCUUGCUGAUCACGUUGUUCAGGACAAGGUAAUAUUUCCAGGGGCUGGCUAUAUAGAAUAUGCUCUUCAAUCGUUUGUACCAGAAAAUAAGUGCCCUUCGUUGAGUAACAUAGAAUUUAAACGCGUUUGUGUGUGGCCAGAGGAAACAAACAAUAUUAAUGACCAAGCUAGCAUCCUCCUGAAGUGUGUUAAGGAAGGAACCGGCAUCGACAUUUCAUCCAAUGACACAAUUAAUUGCAGUUGUAAUAUAUCAUCCAAGAACUUGAAACAAGCAACCAAAUUAGAUAUUGAGGUUAUUCAGGCUAGAUGCCAUGAUCGUCCAACUAAAGAAGCGUUCUAUCACAAAAUGGCAUCAGUUGGUCUAAAUUAUGGACCUGCAUUUCAAGUUGUCACUGAGGCUAUGAUUGGAGAUGGUGAAAUAAUUGGCCGUUUGAUCCCUGCUAAAGAUACUCAUCAACGCAUACAAACCACACAGCUUGAUGGAUGUUUCCAGCUCCUCCUGAAUACUAUUGGAGAAACAACAACACUUUAUCUUCCAGUUGAAAUUGAUCACCUGCAGAUGUAUGUACCUAAUAUACCAAUAUCCGAAAAUUUAAUAGCUUAUGCUAAGGUUACUGAUUGUGACAGCAAUAUGUUGGUGGGUGACGUAACUUUAUCUACUGACGAUGGUGAGAUUUUAGUUUACCUGUCUGGUGUAAAAUGUCAGAAUGUAACUGGCACACAAUCCAACGUAGAUAUAGAUGACUGUUUUUACGAGACUGUGUGGCAACCAAGUAGCUCAUGCAUGGGUGAUACUUCAAUACUGACAGAUGUUUUCACAGAAAAGUUUCUAUCUGAGCGAUAUCCAGAGGAGCUGGUUAGUGUUGAGCGAGUUCAAAAACUGUUGCCUCUUGUCAAAGGUGUAUGCGCGUCAUACAUUCGUCAUGGUAUUUCUACAACCAAUAGAUCUACUUACAAGGUACAUCCAUUAUAUGUUAAGCGUUUGGAGAAGAUAUGCUCUGAUAAUACGGUGGUAGAUGUGCCAUUUGAAAAUAUUCACAAGACCAUUGAUUACCUCAACAAAGAAGUUCCUGAGUUGUACAGCGAACUUAGAAUGAUUCGAGAUCUUGGGGAUAAUUUCCCAAAGACAUUGUCAGAUCCAGGAAGUGCAGUGAGGAUCCUGUUCCGUCAAGAAUGCCUACCAAUAUAUUUUAUGGACUCAGUAAGCACCAGACUGUACUACAAACUUGGAACGGAAAUAAUAGAGCGAACUGUCAGGAAAGCUUUGGAAAAGAAGCAAGUUGUUCGAGUUUUGGAGAUUGGUGGACGUAUGGGAGGACUUGCGAAGUACAUACUUGAACCUCUUAAAACACUCGGAGAGGAGAGACGCCUGGAAUACAUUUUCACAGAUGUCAGUGUUACGUUCUUCAAACAUGCCGAGGGAAUUCUUACCGAUUAUCCAUUUAUCAAAUACCAACAAUUUGACGUUGAGAAAGAUCUAGCUACUCAGGGGUUUGUUCCGGGUUCGGUUGAUUUAAUUGUUUGUAUGGAUACAAUCCAUUCUUUGGUUAAUGUUAAUGAUUCUCUUAGAAGAGUAAAAGAUCUUCUGGUUGAUGAUGGUCUGUUCCUAAUGUAUGAAGCUACAAAUACUCACUAUAUUGCAGAGUUGGUGUUUGGAUGUCUUGAUCUCUGUUGGGUGUUUGAAGACUUCAGGAAAGACAUAGGCCGAUGCUGGCUUUCGAGGGAUGGGUGGACCAACGCAAUGAUUAAAAAUGGAUUUGUUGAUGUUGUGGCAGAAUCAACCUCUGAAGAAUUUUUCCAUAGUGUAUUUCUUGGAAGGAAGCCUUGUGAUGGACCAGUCAACAAUGCUGCUAAACAGUAUAUGAUAGUCUCUGACGGACAGCAAAACGAGUUUGUAAAUUGCCUACAAACUUUACUUAGGCACGUAAUGGUGAAAAAUUACAAUAACGUGCAUGAUAAUAAAAUCCUUGAUAUGAGUAAUAAUUCAGAAGUUGAGGUAAUUUUUAUAUGCAAUGAAUCAAGUGAUGCGUUCCAUGCUCUAUUCAAGCUAUUACAGAUUGAUGAUAACAAUCGCGUUGCGUUCUACAAGGUCUGGGUUUUAACAUCAGGAUCAAAUAUGGUUUCUCAAAAUAUCGAAGGCAGCCAAGCUAUUGGUCUUGUCCGGGCUCUUACAAACCAAAGUAAUACAUUGCUAUUCUCAGUUGACAUCGAUCAUGAUGGAUCACCAGCAACACAAGCUAAACUAAUGGUCGAGUACAUGACAUCUAAAAACCAAAGCGAACGGGAAGUUGCCAUACGUAAUGAUACUUAUUACUAUCCUCGAAUCAGGAAACUUUCAUCCGAACGUUCUCUAUUAGAUACGCCAUACUGGCAACUAACCCAGUACUCAAAUUCGACGUUAUAUUCAUUUGACGAUUUGGGAAUUGCUUAUACAAGUGAUAUGCUACCUCCUCCUGGUAAAGUAGUGGUUCAGACAAAGAGUGCAGCAUUAAACUUCAAGGAUGUGAUGAUGGCACUGGGUAUGCUUGACAGACUAAUCGGUUCCAGUGAGAAGAAAUUUGGACUUGAACUGAGUGGUAUUGUACAUAGUGUCGGGGAAGGGGUAACAACACUUAAAAGAGGGGAUGAAGUAUUUGGGUUUGGAGACCAUUGCCUAGCAUCACAUUCUAUAUGUGAUGCUGAACUACUCGUUAAAAAACCAUCAAACCUAUCAUGGGACGAAUGCUCAGGCAUGGGUAUCAUCUUUGCUACGUCAUACCAUAGCCUUAUUGAACGUGCUAAUUUGCAAGCAGGAGAAACGGUUUUGAUACAUUCUGCAUGUGGUGGUGUAGGACUGAGUGCAAUACAGGUCGCCAGAAUGGUUGGUGCAAAUAUCAUCUGUACAGCAGGGACGAAUCAAAAGCGCCAGUAUUUGAAGUCACUGGGAAUUCAACAUGUGUCAGACUCACGUACAGACGCAUUCUACAGUGACGUAAUGAAGUGGACAAAUGGCAGAGGUGUUGACGUUGUGCUGAAUUCUCUCAGUGGUGAUCUCCUGAAAAAAGGUGUAGAAUGUCUUGCUCCGGGUGGUCGAUUUUGUGAGAUUGGUAAACGUGACAUUCUUCAGAAUUCAAGCCUCCAGAUGCACAUUCUUCUUGAGAAUAAGACUUUCAUUUCAAGUCAAAUUGACAUUAUGAUUGAACUGGACAAAUCCAGAGCUCAUAGGUUGCUUAAGAAGGUUGCAAGUCUUUUUGAAAAUGAAAUAUUAAAACCAAUCCAAUUUGCAGUCUCGUCAAUUGUAGAUUACCAAGAUGUUUUUGCAAGGACCGCCAAAGGAUCACACAUUGGUAAAGUAAUCUUCAAUAUUCCAGACAAUUUUCAACCUCCUAAAGUCAACCCGACGACUAAACUCUUCAAGCAGAACGCAACUUAUAUUAUCACAGGAGGAUUUGGUGGAAUUGGCUUGGCCAUGUCACGAUGGCUUGCAAAUAAAGGAGCAAAGCACAUUUCAUUGAUUUCCCGUCGUGGCUGUUGCAAUUCAGCUGGCAGACGGACUCUUGAAUACCUCAAGAGAAAAGGAGUAACUGUCUACGCGUAUGCAAUGGACCUAAGCAAAAAAGAAAACAUCCAGGUGAUGAUUGACCAAUUACGUAAAGACAACGCCCCAGACAUCAAAGGUAUAUUCCAUUUGGCAGGUUACAUCAUUGAGGAGACAUUCAACACUCUUACCACCAAAGAGGUAAACAACAUCAUCUCUUCCAAAGCAACCAGUGCUCAAUAUAUGAGCGAUCUGACUACCAACAUGGGGCUCGACAUAUUCUUUACGUUAUCGUCUGUGACAACCAUGUGCGGAAAUUCUUCACAGUCUAUGUACAUUGCAGCCAACAACUUUUUGGAUGCACUCGCUAUGAAAAGAAGAAGCCAAGGAUUGCCAUCAUUAAGCAUCCAACUGAGUCCGGUAAAAGGUGCGGGAUACUUGGAGGAUAAGUCUGAUGUUACAAAAGCAUUGAACAUGAGAGGUCAUCUUUCUCUUCACGUUGAAGAAUUUUUACAAACCUUAUCGACGCUUUUACAGUCACAGGAUACUCCGCCAGUAUUCUACCUUGCAAAUCAGGACUGGAAUGCCACCCAGAUGUUUACGUACGAAGAAAAUCUCAAGUUCUACCAUUUGGUCUCAGGUCAGCAGGCGAACAAGACAGACUGCUCCCUCUCACUGGAAGACGUUGAGAAGAGUGUCAAGCUGAAGAUGAGUAAAAUGCUUUGCGUCGAACCAGACACGAUUGAUGUUAAUCAACCUAUGAUCAACUACGGAGUCGACUCACUGAUGGCAGUUGAAAUGGUAACGUGGGCCAGCAAAGAACUGAACGUUGUUGUUUCGCAGCUGGAUAUCCUCGGGGGUAUUACUACUAAAGUUCUUCUAGAGAAAGCAUUGGAUAAUGAAAUGGUGCUUCCAUUGAAUUCGUAGAUUAUGGCGUAAUAAUACUUUAUUGUGAAUAUAUCAGAUAAUGUAAUGGUAAACCUCAGUACUGUGAAAUCAAUGGCUGUUGAAUUUUAAUUCUCUGUUUAAUAUCAAUAUAGCAAUUUUUGGAUAUUUUACUUACACUUUCUUUUUAAUUUACCAUGAAAGUACGAUUUUUUAUAGCUACAAGUCCACAUAAUAAGUGACUAUCGGAAACAACAUCUAAACCUAGGUUAAAAUCGAAACUUUAAAAGCAAAACUACAUUUAAAAACUGACUGAUAACCUGACAGUGGAAAACUGUCAGGCAACAUUAAUACAUUGUAUAUUGUAUAUUGUAUAUAAUACCUAACUCACAAUAUAUGUUUUUUGAAUGCAUAGGAUUAUUUUAUAGAUAUAUACAGUAGCAUUUUUAAUUUGUAAGUAUUAUAUGUGACGCCCAUAUUUAAGUAUAACUACGUUGAUUUAGAUUUAAUAUACUAUCAUGCUAUUUAUAUUCAUUUAUAUAUAGGCCUAUAUAUAUGUUUAUAUAUAUAUAUAGGUAUAUGUAUAAAUUGUUAUAUGAUAUAUUGUAUGUUUAUAUUGAUGCAUAUUACCACAUCACUACCUUACUAUUUUGCUUGUAUGUUGUGCAUUGAGAAACAUUUGUGAAAAUAAAUUACAGUGUUUAUAAAUUCAAAGUAA